AUGUUUGCUGCGAAUCCUAAAAGAUUUUCAGAAUUCAGUCAGGUUUUGAGUCUUCCUGGCGGUACUAUUCUCUUGGACUACUCAAAAAACCUAAUUGACACUCAGAGUUUUGACCAGCUUAUCAAAUUGGCUAGAGAUAGUAAUGUUGAAAAAAUGCGUGAUGACAUGAUGGAAGGGAGAAAAAUUAAUUUCACGGAAGAUAGAGCCGUCCUGCAUAUAGCUCUGCGAAACCGAUCAAAUGUCCCGAUUAUGGUCGAUGGGAAAAAUGUUAUGCCGGGAGUUAACGCAGUUCUUGAACACAUGUCUAAGUUUUGCGAUUCUGUUAGAUCUGGUGAAUGGAAAGGCUACACAGGGAAGCAAAUAACAGAUGUUGUUAAUAUUGGCAUUGGUGGUUCAGACCUUGGUCCAGUCAUGGUUACAGAAUGCUUGAAACCUUAUGCAUCACAUAUUCGGGUACAUUUUGUUUCAAACAUAGAUGGAACACACAUUGCGGAAACAUUAAAGAAAGUAAAUUCAGAGACAGUUCUGUUUAUCAUCGCCUCCAAGACCUUCACUACCAUUGAAACGAUGACCAAUGCUAACUCUGCCAAAGAAUGGUUCUUAGAACAUGCGAAAAAUGUUUCUCACGUGGCCAAGCACUUUGUCGCCUUAUCAACUAAUGCAACAGAAGUCUGCAAAUUUGGCAUAGCACCGGAAAACAUGUUUGAGUUUUGGGAUUGGGUUGGAGGUCGUUACUCAUUAUGGUCUGCCAUAGGUUUAUCUAUAGCUCUUUACGUAGGUAUGGAGAAUUUCAUUAAAUUGUUGGAAGGAGCUCAUGAAAUGGAUAAACAUUUCAAAGAAACGCCAUUACAUAAAAAUCUUCCUGUCAUCCUAGCUGUGUUAGGUGUAAUGUAUAUCAAUAUUUAUGGGGCAGAAACUCAAGCAAUUCUACCAUAUGAUCAAUAUAUGUCACGCUUUGCUGCAUAUUUCCAACAAGGUGAUAUGGAAUCGAAUGGAAAGUUUGUUAGACGUGAUGGCAAAGAAGUUGAUUAUUCCACUGGUCCCAUAGUUUGGGGUGAACCAGGAACAAAUGGCCAACAUGCAUUUUAUCAACUUAUUCAUCAAGGCACACGGUUAAUCCCAUGUGAUUUCUUGAUACCAGUACAUACACACAAUCCAGUUCAAGGUGGCUUACAUCAUGAGAUAAAGAAUAUGAAGAUUUCAUGA